GCGGGCGGAGCCUCACCUGCCGCAACCGGAGCGGCCGCCUGGCUGAGGCAAAGUUUGCGGGCUCGGCGACGGCGCGCACCUCCUCUGGCUGCGAUGGGGAUCCAGGCGGCGCUCGGGCUGCUGCUGCUGCUGCUCCAGGGUGAAAGGGGGCUCAGCAAGGAGGGGCCGGGGGCCUCUUGCCGGCCAGGAUUCAGCUCGGAGGCCUACGUGUUCCGGGUGCCCCGGCGGGACUUGGAGAGGGGCCAGAUGUUGGGCAGAGUGGACUUUGAGGGCUGCGCAGGGAGGGGCCCCGGAGCCUUCCUCUCCCAGGACACCCGCUUCAAGUUGCAUCCGGAUGGGAGGGUGGUGGUGAAACGGCCCCUGCAUCUCCACAAGCAGGAGCUCAGCUUCCUCGUCCACACGUGGGACCUGGGAGGCAGGAAACAUUCGGCCAGAGUGACCCUGCGGCCCCACCACCACGGCCAUGGCCGGCCGCCUCCUCACGGGGAGAGCGGUCCGUCUGCUCGGGUGAAGGAGCUGUACUUCCCACGGUCUUCGUCUGGCCUGAGGCGGCAAAAGAGAGACUGGGUCAUCCCGCCGAUUCUUUGCUCGGAGAAUGAGAGGGGCCCUUUCCCCAAGAAGCUGGUGGAGAUCAAGUCCAGCAAAGAGAAAGAGGAGACCGUCUACUACAGCAUCACUGGGCAGGGGGCCGACAUCCCUCCAGUCGGCACCUUCACCAUCCAGAGGGAGACCGGCUGGCUGAUGGUGACUCGCCCGCUGGACAGGGAGACGAUUCCUCGCUACCAGCUCUUUUGCCAUGCGGUGUUGGCCAAUGGCCAGACGGCAGAGGACCCCAUGGAGGUGAUCAUCAACGUUGGUGACCAGAAUGACAACCGCCCCGUCUUCACGCAGAGCGUCUUCCGAGGGUCCGUGGAAGAGGGAGCGAAGCCAGGAACGUCGGUGAUGACAGUGACGGCCACGGAUGCAGACGAUGCCGUAGACUCCUAUAAUGGGGUCAUCACUUACUCCAUCCUCAGCCAGGAACCGGAGCCGGACAGACGGAUGUUUACCAUCAAUAACGGAACCGGCAUGAUCAGUGUGGUUGUGUCAGGUCUGGACCGAGAGAGGAUCCCCCAGUACACCCUGGUUCUCCAAGCGGUUGACAUGCAGGGAAAUGGCUUAAGCACCACUGGGACGGCUGUGAUUACCAUCACCGAUGCAAACGAUAACCCGCCGAUCUUCAACCCCGUCAUGUACAACGUGAUUGUGCCGGAGAAUGAGGUGGGGGCCCCGGUUGCCACCCUGAAGGUCACAGAUGCAGAUGAAGAGAACAGCUCAGCUUGGAAAGCCAAGUACAGCAUUGUGAAAGGGAACGAGGAGGCUAACUUUGCGGUCACUACUGACCCGGGCACCAACGAUGGUCUUUUGACUACGGCAAAGGAACUGGAUUAUGAGGCCAAAAAGCAGUAUAUUCUCCACGUGAUCGUAUUGAACGAGGCUGAAUUCUCGGUCCAGCUCUCGACCUCCACGGCCACCGUCAUCGUCAAUGUGAGCGAUAAAAACGAACCCCCGGUCUUCCUCCCCACCGAACUGAAGGUGUCACAGCCUGAAGAUCUUCCCAUUGGACACUCGAUAGCGGAGUACACAGCCCAGGACCCAGACAAGUUCCUGGAUCAGACCCUCAGGUACUCGGUGAGGAGCGACCCAGCUGGCUGGCUGAAAAUUGACCCUGAAACCGGCCUGAUUACGUCAAGAGCCGCCCUAGACCGAGAGUCAGAUUUUGUGAAGGAUAAUAUCUACAAAGCCAUAAUUGUGGCAAGUGACAAUGGGAACGAGCCGGCCACCGGCACAGGGACUCUCCUUUUGCAUCUGGAGGAUGUGAAUGACAACGCGCCAGAACCGGAUCCCCGAAUGUUCGAAAUCUGCAGCCGCAAUCCGGAGCCCCAGAUGUUAAGCAUUGUGGACAAGGAUAUCGCGCCCAACACCAGCCCCUUCCUGGCAAAGCUGGAAUUUGACUCUGGCGCCAACUGGACAAUUGAGACCCACCAAGACAGUCUGACCCUUCAACUGGUCAAGCAGCUGGAGCCUGGGGAAUACAACAUCGCCCUCAAGCUGACCGAUGGCCAGGGGCUCUCUCAUGUCACCACGGUCAAAGCCAUUGUCUGCAACUGUGACGGGUCAGCCAGAAACUGUGACCGAAAGGCGUUUUUGCCAGCAGCAGUAGGGACCCCCGCCAUUCUGGGCAUCCUUGGGGGCAUCCUUGCCCUUCUGAUCCUGCUGCUGCUGCUGCUGCUGUUCGUGCGGAGGAGAAGGCAGGUGAAGGAGCCGCUGCUUCUCCCCGAGGACGACACGAGGGACAACGUCUACUACUACGAUGAGGAAGGCGGAGGGGAAGAGGACCAGGAUUACGAUCUGAGCCAGUUGCAUCGAGGCCUGGAUGCCCGCCCUGAAGUCACCCGGAAUGACGUCGUUCCAACCCUCAUGCCGGCCCCGCAGUACCGUCCACGCCCGGCCAACCCUGACGACAUAGGCAAUUUCAUCGACGAGAACCUGAGGGCAGCGGACACGGACCCCACUGCUCCCCCAUAUGACUCCCUGCUGGUGUUUGACUACGAAGGCAACGGCUCCGAGGCCACCUCCCUCAGCUCCCUCAACUCCUCCCACGGAGACCAGGACCAGGAUUAUGACUACUUGAAUGACUGGGGAAACCGUUUCAAGAAGCUGGCUGACAUGUACGGAGGGGGCGAGGAAGAGGACUAGGCGUGGCUGGGGUGGGGGGGGCAGAGGGUGGGGGGCAGAAGGCUAGAAGGGAGAGAGAAGGGAGCUGACUCUUGGUGACUCCAUAAUUUACCCAAAAGUACAGAAGGGAUCCCCCUUGAAGAAGAUUCUGACAAUCUCAUCUCUGUGGGAUAAUUAUAAUCAGUGUGGCCUUCUUGAGUCUGAUUCAACGCAACAUGGAGUUUCUUUCUCAAAGCCUGGAUACCCUCAGGGGGAAAAGGCUUUCCCAGGAAAGAGAAAAGGAUUCUGGAAGGACAGAAAGACCCUCCGGUGCUUGGUCUUGUAUUCAAGAAGUUUCACCUGAGUGUUUCUACUCUGCCUCCUUGGUCAUCUGUCCUCUUGUUUGCUUAAGAAGAACUUCGGGCUUCUUGGUGCAAAAUUGUAAUGCGUUUUGGAGAAUAUGAGGGAAAAUACGCAAGAAAAAUAUUUUCGUGAGGCAGAGGAUAAAACACAGCUAAGACUAUGGUCACCUAAUAGGACAGAGGUUCUUAUUAAUGGCCCCGUUGAGAGGGGAGGGGUUCUGCCUGCACAGAUCCAAAUCCCACAGUCUGGAUACGGUGGCUAAUUAUUGGAACUUCCUCCAGGAAGAUCUCCCCAAGCAUGGGGUUUCCAAAGCCCUAACCAGAAAUACUUCUGGGGAUUCUGCUCAUGUGCUGCAUUUGGUUUCCAAGUCUUGGCUUUUGCUGUUGAAAGGCAGGCUUGUGGGAGUGAUGGGGAGGGUCUCCCAGAAGAGAGGCAGGGUUUCUGAUUUUUUUCCGCCGCUGUUAGCCAGCAUGGCUCUCCUCCUGGAUGAAUCCUUUUAGGAUCCCUAAAUCAACUUGUCCCAAGUGCCUUUGCUUUCAGACUAUGCUUCUCUCAGAUGCCCAGAGUCCAAUCUGUGUCGGGAAGGCAUCUGCAAAACCAUCCGGCAUGACCUCUCUUAUUGUGGCUUGGAAGUCAUGGUUUAUGGCUUGGAUGAUGGCUGUCCACUGCCUUUUUAGAGUUGAAUUAACAAACCUGGAUUUAGCAGGGACGUUACUCCCCGGUGCCUUCUCAUAAAGUGCCUGAACGGGUGACAGCAGCUGCCUUCCCAGGGCAAGCCCUCCCUGCCCCUUUAGGCUUUUGGGCCAGAGGGGAAUUCAGCAGUGGCCCAAAGCCUGGCAUGAGCUCUUCUUCCGCCUGGGGCCUUGGUCUGGGGACCAGGCCACACACACUCCUGUGCGGGGCCU